UGUCCAUCCGCUUCGCCUGCGAUCCAACGCCGACACAUCCUCCGUCACAUUCGCUGCAGCCACUUGCUGAGACUGUCCGCCGCGGCAGCCUUCUGCUCACCCCAUCGUUGAUUGAUGUCCCUCCAGACGGAUCGCCUCGUCGUCCAUCCACAGAUCACCGUCCUGCUCUCGAUCUCACUCGUCCUUGGUUCAUGUCGCUGUUACCCGGUUCCCAGCAUGCUUCUGCGUUCGACUUCGACUCUGGACUGGCAACCCUGUGCUCGCUCUUUGAAGAGGCGACACCCUCCGAGCUCGCCAAGGUGCUGACCAAACACCGAGGCAGCGUCGACGCCGCUAUCGACGCCAUCUUGUCGAGCGACAGAUCCGCGCCGACAGCUGCUCCUCGUCUUGCGGGUCUGAAGCGGCGUCGAGACACAGCCCGGAUCGACCAGUUCCUAGUGAAGCGACCAAGGAACUCUGGAUCUGAGCCGGACAGUCCGCCAGUAGCAGCCCCUGAGCCCGAUCGAGUGCAUGAUGGCUCGGAGCAGCCGGCGGAUCGCCGAGGACACCCUGAUGCGGCUGGCCGUAUGGAUGCUCCGAUGGAUGACUCGCUGCCCCCAGUGGUGCUGCCCAAUGCGCUCUCGAUGCUGCGGUGGCAGCCUCAGGCGAGAGCGCAAAAGCCGAUCCUGGUGACGGCCAAGAACAUCCACGAGCAUGUGCCCUGCGUCCUCUUUCUGAACUUUCUCGACAGCGGGCUUGCCGAGACACUGCUGGCGAGUCUGCUUGAGGAGUCAAAGGGAUAUGAGCACGGUCGAUUUGUCUUGGCCAACAAAGUAGUCGAAUCGCCCCAUCUGACGGCAUCCUACCUUGAUGCUGAGCGCAAUACCUAUGACCCAAGCAUUCCAUGGUACGACUCGGGCCGUCGCAAGACGAUGCGCUACUUCAAUCCGGACAUGCAGCUUGUCCGAGAGCUAGUGGAGCAAAAGGUCAACCAAGUGCUCGAGGAGCGGGAUCAAGCUUCUCCAACAGGACGGCACCCCGACGAACACCCAGGGCCAUGGCAGGCAAACAUUGCGCUUGUGAAUGCAUAUCGCGGAGCAGCCGAAGGUGUGGGUCCGCACACUGACAGGCUCACUAUCCUCGGGCCACGAGCAACCAUUGCCUCGCUUAGUCUCGGGUGUGGCCGCGUGUUCCGUCUCCAAAGAGUUGGCCGGCCCGGCGUCCUUCAUCAAACGUACAACGUCGUGUUGCCUCACAACUCGUUGCUAAUGAUGCUUCCGACGACGCAGGAAGAGUACAAGCAUUCGAUCCCGUCAAAUGUCGAUCCUGUUAUUCCACACGCCAUCGCCAGAACCACCCGUAUCAACAUCACGUAUCGCAUGGCGCGGCCGAUCUACCAGCGGUCGAUCCCCGUUUGCAAAUGUGGAAUACAGACCGACCUGCGGCCUGUCGUGAGAUCCGAAAAGACUUUUGGGAGGUACUUUUAUAGCUGUCCGGCAUCUCAAACUGCCGCCGAGUCGGAGCCAUUCGACACUGAGGAGAAGAUCUAUGUUGGUCUCAAAGACAUGGAUAAGUACUCAAGCGAUCUCAUCGGCAACAGAGGCAAGAUCCGGGUCGUUGGAUGCGGUUUCUUUGAAUGGCUAGACACGGAGAGUAUCAACGAGCGUGUACGUCAAGAACUGGACCAGACACAGCCCAAAACUAGAGCCACCAUGAGCGAUAAAUCACCACCCCGUUGUGACACAGGAAGGACCAUGGAUUCGGAUACUGGCUGAGACCGCGGUCGCUCGAAUGCAUGGGCAGCACCCAAGCAAGCAAGGCAUCCAUUUGUUUCAUAAUACAUCGUGCGUGCUUGAGCGGCCGGC